AUGGCCGCACUCCGCGCAACUUCAAGAUGGGCAGUCUCUGGUACCCCAGUUCAGAACAGCCUACUCGACUUCCAUGGUCUCUUCAAAUUCCUUCAUUUCGCACCAUACGACGAUCCAAAAGUGUUCGAUGACGAUAUUUCGAGUAUAUGGCGUACAAAGUCCGUCGAAGAGGCUGGAGAAACGUUCAAGAAAUUGCUAUCGUGCAUGAUGAUCCGCCGAACGAAGGCUAUCUUGGAUCUGCCCAGCAAAGACGACCAUCUGAUGCGUGUGCCAUUCAAUCAUGAGGAAGAAAGACACUAUCGCCAGAUAGAACAACCCGUCAUGGAUAUGCUGGAUCGCAACACGAGAGACGACAGGCAAACCCAGGCCCCUUGGAUGACUGCUAUACAGCAGAUCAACAAGCUUCGUCUUAUCUGCAACCUAGGCGUCUCCACUCCUUCGCAAGCCGACUACGCCUCGCAACCCGGCGGCAAUCCCGAUGACAAGACAUCCGUGAUGAACACACGCUUCUCAAUGGACGGAGGAUCAUGCGAGCUGUGCUCCCAGCCAGUCGAACUAUCGACACUCGGCAGUAGUCUACGGGAUGUUACACAACCACAAGUCUAUUAUUCAGCUUGCAGCAAGUUCUACUGUGCAGAGUGCUCCGCGAGCCUUCAAUAUCGAUCACCUGAGCCUUGCGCGUGUAUAGAGCAACCGCGACAGUGUCCACUCCGUCUCCUGGCGUCCUUCUUAGCCACCCCCAGUCUUACGCCUACCGACAGCCUUUCUCCCUCAUCAAUGGAUUGGGACUAUAGCAAUGAAGUCUCAAGCAAAGUAUGGGCGCUUGUGUCUCAGAUCAGGUCGCGCCCGCAGGAAAAGCAGUGA